UGUGAUGAAUCUGAUAUGUUUGGUUUUCACAUUGAUGUUUCAAAUUUCAGGAAAGAGACGGAGUUCAUUCAAGAAAUUGUUACUGAAAUUCAUCGUAGGUUAGGUGUACCUUUAAAAGUAACUCUACCAUUUCUUAUCGGCAUGGACCGCCACAUCAAAUUCAUUACUUAUUGGUUGAAAGAUGGAUCCUGUACUUGUGCUGAAAUUCUCACAAUUAUAGGCAUGGGUGGGAUUGGGAAGACAUCUUUGGCCAAAUAUAUUUUUUGCUUGCAUUGUCGUGAAUUCCAAAGAAGCAGCUUUGUAGAAGAUAUCAGUAGGAGAUGUGCUGAAAAAUUGACUGGAUUGCUUGAUUUACAAAAACAAAUUUGUGGUGACGUUUCAAAUAAAAGUUCAAUUCAAGUCCAUGAUGUUUCUAUAUACACCUCUCAAAUUGAGAAUACACUAGCAAAUAAAAAGGUGUUCCUAGUUCUUGAUGAUGUUGAUAGUUUCAGUCAAUUGGAUGCAUUACUUGGAAACAAAGGUUUUCAUCUGGGAUGCAAAAUCAUAAUAACGACCAAGGACGCGUCGUUGACAGAAAAGUGUGAGCUAUUCAACCUUAAAGUUCAACCCAAGCAUACAAAGCACUUACUCGAAGCCUUACAUAAGACUCGGUCACUGGAGCUUUUAUGUCUUCAUGCCUUCAAGUGCAGCAGUCCGAAGGAAGGUUACAAAGAGGUUUCAAAAGAGCUUAUGAAAUAUUGUAAAGGACAUCCGUUGGCUCUUUCAGUUUUGGGCAGGUCUCUACGUAAUGGAAAUAUAGCUGAAUGGGAGGAUUGCCUAGAAAGGCUAAAGGAAGAACCUGAUUCUCGUAUUAAGAAGGUCUUGCAAAUGAGCUUCGACUCUUUACCAUCUACAGAUGACAAGGAAUUGUUUAAGCACAUUGCUUGUUUUUUUGCUGGGAAAGAUAGAGAAUCAACUGAAACAAUAUUGAAGGCAUGUAAGAUCCGCACAGUACUUGGGAUCAAGAAUCUCGUUGAUAGAUGCCUKCUUUCGAUUGAUAGUAAUAACAAGUUGAUGAUGCAUCAAUUGGUUCAAGAGAUGGGAAGAGAUAUAGUACGCCAAGAAUCACCUGACAUGCCAGAGAAGCGUAGUCGAUUGUGGUGUCAUGAAGAGUCAUUCAAUGUAUUGGAACAAAACAGAGGUACAAGAAAGCUUAAAGGCCUUGUUCUAGACAUGGAAAUGCUUGAGAAAGAGAACAUGUAUGACUCGGUUGAGUUGAAAACAGAUGCAUUGAGAAAGAUGGAUAACUUAAUGCUACUACAACUCAAUUAUGUGCGACUCGGUGGAUCUUAUGAGAACUUCCCUAAAAAAUUAAGAUGGUUGUGUAUGCAUGGGUUCCCUUUAGAGUAUAUACCUCCAAACUUGCAAUUGGAGAAUCUAGUUGCCCUUGACAUGUCUUAUAGCAGCUUCAAAUCUCUGGACAUGUCGUAUGGCAACUCGCAACGACCUGGGAAGUCGCAAAAGCUAACUGGCUCGUGCUCAAAAGACAACAAACGGUUGCUUAGAUCAUUGAAGAUUCUUAAUCUAAGUUUCUGUAAACAGCUUCAUAGUCUCUGUGGCUUUAUCGAACUCCCUGCACUUGAGAAGUUAUUACUUUCAAAUUGCAUAGGUUUGAUUGAGGUUUGUGAAUCAAUUUGGCAAUGUGAUCACCUUGAGCUCAUUGAUCUGAGUUAUUGCAAUGAGGUUGGAAAGAUUUUAAGAACUAUAGGCAUGCUAAAGAAGKUGAAAAUACUAAAACUAGAUGGUUGUAAUCUUAGUGAAAAUCCGAUCAAGAUGAGGGAUACGGAAUUACCAGAAAUGGUCAUGGCUAACAACCUUGCCAUAAACUCUCAAACCUCUUCCUCUACCAUUGUGGAGAUUAUACCCAGAGAUUUGGGAUCCUCUUUGAUCUUUUUGUUGAGGUCAUUAGAAUGCUUGUCACUUAAAAAUAAUGGUUUGUCCAACGAAUCCUUUCCAAUGGACUUCAGUAACCUAUCCAUGCUGAAGGAGCUAUAUUUAGAUGGAAAUAAUAUUGUUUCAAUGCCUAAUUGUGUGAGAGGCCUUCCCAGACUUGAGAAACUUAGUAUUGACCAUUGUAAGAGAUUGACCAUAUUGGAGCAUCCUCCACUUACACUAAGACACUUGAUAAUGGGUGUCAGCUAUUUGAGCAAAGUUGUAUUUGAUCGAGAAAUGUCCCCAAUCAUGUUAAGUACGUGGACAGGUUGCAGGUCUUUAAUUGAAGGCAUGUUUAAAGUGGAAGAUAUGGCAGAUGUCGAGGAAGAGGUAUUACAUAGUCUGGGGUGGACUAAUUUAGACUUCACCAAAAAUSAGCUGACAGAAYCCAAAGUCSAGAUGCAAUAUGAAUUUGGGAUAUUUAGCACAAGGUAUGAGGGGAAAGAGAUGCCAGAUUGGAUAAGUGAUAGAAGGGAGGGGUCAUCAAUAUCAUUUACCAUCCCAUCAUCUCCUMACAACCUUAAAGGAUUGAAUUUCUGCAUUGUGUUUACGGCUAUAAAGGGGUUUSUUCAUGUAGUCGGUAAAAUCAGAAUUAGUAACAUAACAAAGAACCGCACAUGGAUAUACAGUUGUUUUGGGUUCUUUGAGUCCACUGGAGAGGGUAUAAUUGUAUAUUUAAGCCAUUGGAUGUUUGGGAAGAGUGAGAUGGAAGAUGGUGAUGAAGUUACUGCCACGGUGACAGCAAGGCAAGCCGAUGAAUAUAUAUAUAAGGAAUUGGAUGUUUUGGAGUGCGGGAUUAGUCUUGUGUAUGAUGAUGGGAAGAAGAAAAUGGAAGAAGAAGAAGACGUGUUGGUUUAUUACAAGUCAUGGAAUCAUAUUAUUGGUGGGGAUCUCUCUCCUUUUCAAACUACUACCCCCGGAGUAUAUGACCUAAACAGGUGGCACAUUUUUGGUUCAAACUACAUCAACAAUUAUGUAGAAAAGCGUCCUCUGUUUAGAGCUUUCUCUCAAAGCAAGUCAACAUAGUUGGUGGGGUGAUGCAUCUAACCUAAUUAAGGAUUAUUCAAUCCUUUAUGUGUAGUUCUUACAGGCGGAUGCAAUAUCCAAGUUUAAAAAAAUUGCAAAGAGAGGUCUGCUGGUUCCAUAUUCAAGGGGAUAUGUAAGCACCGUCACCUCUUUCAAGCUCAAGAUACCCCCCUUUUGUUGUGUCAAAAGUCUCCAAGAGAAUUUUGUUGAAAAUCUUAAUAUCGGAAGUUUGAAGUUUAUUUAUUUAUGCAUCGCAUUUGGUAGAUGCACACCAGACAUGACUUUUAUAUAUA